CCCCUGCGCCGCCCCCUCGCUCUGGAGAAGCCGCAGCUGCGGAGCGGCUCCGGAACCGGGCGGUCGCCGCGAUCCAGCGCGAUGGAGCCGGGCCGGCGACCGGCGGAGCAGUGACCGGCCGGCGAGGAGCCCCGGGGGCCUGGCCGGGGGGGCAGCGAUGGCUGCUGCCUAGAGAGGGGCGGUGCCCCCUCCCCACGGAGGGACCCCCUCUCUCCCACGCCCGGAGUGGGCAUCAUGGCUGGCGGGAAGCAGGAGCUGAAGAGAAGCGUUUCCAUCAUCCCCUGCUUUGUGUUCGUGGAGCUGGUGAUCAUGGCGGGCACGGCGCUGCUGGCAUAUCACUUCGAAUACACCGACACCUUCCCCGUCCACAUCCAGGGCUUCUUCUGCUACGACAGCACCUACGCCAAGCCCUACCCGGGGCCCGAGGAUGCCAGCCGUGCCCCGCCCGUCCUGGUCUACUCCCUGGUCACCGCCGUGCCCACGGCCAUGAUCCUGGUCGGGGAACUGGCUGGAUUUCUCUGCUGGCCGCGGCAGCGUAAGGAGAAAACCAUCGUCUCUGGGGAAUGCUGCUACUUCAUCCCGCUGCUGAGACGCAUCGUCCGCUUCCUGGGUGUCUAUUCCUUCGGCCUGUUCACCACCACCAUCUUCGCGAACGCCGGGCAGGUCGUCACGGGGAACCAGACCCCCCACUUCCUCUCCGUUUGCCGCCCCAACUACACGGCGCUGGGCUGCCAGCUGCCCGGCCCCCAGUACAUCACCGACCGGGGGGCCUGCGCUGGGAACCCCGCCCUGGUCACUGCAGCCCGCAAAGCCUUCCCCUCCAAGGACGCCGCGCUCAGUGCCUACGCCGUGGUCUACACCGCCAUGUACGUGACGCUGGUGCUGGAGGUGCGGGGCUCCCGGCUGGCCAAGCCCACGCUCUGCCUGGCGCUGGCCGGCCCGGCUGCCCUGGUGGGGGUGGUGCGGGUGGCCGAGCACCGAAACCACUGGGCUGAUGUGCUGGCCGGAUUCCUGACCGGGGCCGCCAUCGCCGCCUUCCUGGUGACCUGUGUGGUCAAUAACUUCCGGAGCAAGGCGCCCGCGGCCCAGAAGCCGGUGCCGGCCGAGAGCCUGGCCAGCGUCCCCGGCGUGGGGCUGCCCUGCGUCGAGAGCCCCCUGGAAAAGUUCAGCGUAGCCCAGCGGGUCAGGGACCCCCCAGAAGAGCAGGAUUUCUCCACGCUGCUCACCCGAGGCCUGGAGAGGCAGCUAGCUCGCUCCCUCCGCAUGGGGGGCCACGCUGGGGCGGCUCGGCCCUACGAGAUCACAGAGCUGUGCUCCCAGAAAUCACCUGACCCCCAGCUGUGUCUCUUCCCCACCACCCCCGACGUGCUCAUCCCCUCCCGCUCCGUCACCAGCGAGGGCUGGAGUCGUUAACGACGUCGGUGUUUAAGUGAUGGGCGCCGAGCCGGGGCCGUUCACACCCCUGCGAGUGGCUGGGCCGGACUCGCCCCCGCCGGGGUUUCCCCGCCACCGUCACACCUGGAGCCGGACUCACUCCUAUCGUCACAAGCCAGGAGUGCGAGGGGAGCCCCGGAGCCAGGGGGGGGGGCAGAGCUGCUGCAUCGACACCCCAACCUCCAGGGGGAUCGAACACAUCCUGGACCCAUUUCUUCCCCCUUGGGUCGUCCAGCCAGGGCUGGGGAGUCUGCUGUGGAGAACCCCCCCAUGCUGGGAUAUGGGGGGCAGGUGCCUGGGCUGGGGCGGGCUGGG